GUUCAGCAGUCGAAAAGCUUGAAAUAUAAUAUUCAUUUUGUAUUGAACAUUCAAGAAUAUUUAACUAAAUCUAAAUGAAUUAAGCUAGGAUCCAAGAGUUCGUAAAAGUACAAAAGUUUUAUGUGAAUAUUUUUGUAAGAAGUCUGUUGUAUCCUUAAUCGUAUUUAUAAAUUUUAAUUGACGAUUGAAAAAAUGUCAGAACAAUUCGUUGGUUGUACAGUUUCUGUCACAUGUAUAGAUGAUCUUGGUACUUACCAGGGUCAAAUAAUCGAUUUAAAUAAACAAAGUGUGACUCUUUCAAAGGCUUUUUGUAACGGCGUACCGCAUACCUCGUCUGUAGUUAGUUUGAAUGCUAAAGAUAUAGUCAACGUAGAAAUUAUUUCUACCAAAGAAGCUGGCUCUAAUAUAAAUGAUACGCAAACACAAAGUAAAGUAACAGUAAAGAGACCGAUUGCCAAAAGAGCUGGUAGAUCCUUUUCUGAAAGUGUUCCAUCUUCAACACAUUCCGGUGGAAUGCAAUCAUCAUCGAAUUUUAAAAAACCUGUCGAAUCGACACAACAGCAAUCUGAGCUCGCAACUAAUGGAAAAAUGGGAUCAACUGAGCCUAAUUGUAAGCCAGCUCAAAAGAGACUUACUCAUAGACAGAGAGCACUUGAAAGGGAUGAGCAUACUUUUGGUACUCCUAUUGAUCAAUCCUUGAACCAAGAUUUCGAUUUUGAAAAAAAUUUAGCAUUAUUUAAUAAAGAGGCUGUGUGGCAAGAAAUAAAUUCUCUUAAACCAGACAUCGUCAGACAGUCGGAAAGUAAUAGAGGUGGUGGUGGUAAAUAUCGACACGAUGAGAAUAUAAUUGUUUCGGAACCUACAGCUUUCAGACAAAUUGUUGUACCUUCGACUGGGGAAAAAGAAUAUGUUACGGAUGAUGGCCUAGUAAUACCAAGUAUCACUCUUGAUCUUCAUCGUCAAUUAAUUGGUGCAGCAGAUCGGCUUGGUAUUAGCUGGGAACGAAGGGUAGAACUUCUUGGACGUGCAGGAGCAGAAAUUAUUCUUCAACUUCUUGGUGGUGGACAUAGACUCAAUCCAAAUAAUGCUCAUCAAUGGCCAACCGUUGUAGCACUUUGCGGACCGAAUAGAUCAGGAGCUGCUGGCGUUAAUUGCGCACGACAAUUAUCUAGUCAUGGUGUUAAAACAAUAGUAUUCGUUGAAAAUUCAGAAGAUGUUUUUCUUCUACAAGAACUAUCAUUAUAUAGAUUGACAGAAAACAAAGUAGAAACUAAAGUUAAAAAUUUACCUUCUGUCGUAGAUUUAAUUCUUGUUGCGCUAUGCGAUGAAAAUUCUCCAAAAAUGGUUACUCCAGUAACACUGUGGGCAAAUAAUAAUAGAGCACUUAUUUUAGCUAUUGAACCACCAUCUGCAGGUACACCUGGCAUUUUAAGUAAAUUUAGUUUAGUUGGUGCUUUACCAUUAUCUCAUAGUCUUGACAAUGGUAGACUAUAUCUUUGUAAUCUUGCUCUACCAAACAAAGUUUAUUCUGAUGUUGGGAUUACUUAUAGGUCUCCUUUUGGACCAAAAUUUGUCAUUCCUUUGCAUUCCGAUAACUCCUAGCAAAUUUUUAAUCAAUAUGUUGAUUCUAGCAACAGCAUCUUCAGAUUUUAAAAAGUUCUGUUUUUUUUUUCUCUUUAGCAUUGUAUACAAUUAAAAUAGAAGUAUACUAUGUCACAGGAACAUACUCCAAGGACAGAGGAUAUUGUCCUCAUAUAUAUAUAAAAAAAAAAAAACAAAAAACAAAAAAAAAACAAAAAAAAACAUAACAUGCUGUGACAUUUACUAUGUAAAUUAUAGUUUUUCGU